AGAGAGAGAGAGCUUUUUGAAACCAGUGAUUCUGCACAGCUUUGGCAGUGAUUGCAGGACUCCUCAGAAAUGCUCCAGAUGCAUCUCUGAGCAAAAGGAUUACCAAUGCAUUCUGCGAAGGGAAUGUCUGAGUAUCUGUCUCAUCUCCUCUAAAAAGUGUUUAAGAACAACAUGGAUCAAAUAGGACAACUUUCUGCUGACAGAAAGAAGAGCUUUCUCUCAGAGGACAAUAAAAAGAGCAAUGGCUAUAGAACCGUUGUGGGAUUCCUAUGCAUAUUCCCCGUGGUGGCUUUGCUGGCUAUUGCAGGAGAUCCAGCUGGAGCUGCAGUUCAGGAAAGUGAGGAAGAUACCACAUCACCUGGUCUCCGUGAAGUGAGUGCCUCUGCUUUGCACAGCCCAGCCUUCCCACCUCAGCCUCCAGCACGGAGAAAGCGAUACACGAUCACACCAGGCCACUUGAAAUGGGACCACUUCAACCUGACCUACAAAAUCCUGUCCUUCCCAAGAAACCUCAUAAAUGCCAGGGAUACACGCAAGGGACUAGCAGCUGCGUUCCAAAUGUGGAGUGAAGUUUCACCAUUCAGCUUCAGAGAAGUGCCACGCCACGCACCCAGUGAUCUGAAAAUAGGCUUCUACUCUAUCAAUCACACAGACUGUCUGGAGUCCCUCAUUCACCACUGCUUUGAUGGAACAACAGGGGAACUUGCCCAUGCCUUCUUCCCCCCCAAUGGGGAAAUCCACUUUGAUGACCAUGAGUACUGGAUAUUAGGAAAUACUCGGUUCAGCUGGAAGAAAGGUGUCUGGCUUACAGAUCUGGUACACGUAGCAGCUCACGAAAUAGGACAUGCCUUAGGACUCAUGCACUCCCAAAACCCAAAUGCUCUCAUGCACAUCAAUGCUACUUUGACUGGGAAAAAAACCAUCUCUCAAGAUGAAGUCUGGGGAAUUCACAGACUUUACGGAUGCAAGGACAGAUUGUUUAUGUGCCCACUGUGGGCCCGAAAAGGCUUCUGUGAGAAACGUAAGAAGUUGAUGAAAAAGCACUGUCCGUUCACCUGUGACUUCUGCUACGAAUUCCCAUUUCCAACAGUUCCUCCUACUCUGCCACCCCCAAGGACAAAAACCAAGACUGUUUCUGAAGGCAGGAAUGUCACCUUCCGCUGUGGACAGAAGAUCAUCCAUAAAAAAGGCAAAGUUUACUGGUAUAAAGAUAAGGAGCUUCUGGAAUACUCAUAUCCAGGUUACUUAUCCUUAAAUGAGGAUCACAUGAGCAUCAUUGCAAAUGCAAUUAAUGAAGGAACUUACACUUGUAUAGUAAAGAAAAAAGAAAGAAUCUUGACCACUUAUUCCUGGAGGAUCAGACUGAGACAUUAACAAGGGCUCUGGCAUGAGAACUUCUCUAUUUCAAAUUCACAAUCUGUCUUAAGCAUUUUGUAUUUAAACUCCAGUAGUGCAAAUGAACUCUAAAUCAGCUGCUUCAAUACCUCGAGCAAGAGAGACUCUGGGACUUUGUUACUGGAUAAAAUAACUUUUCCAGAUUAGUUUUAAAGCUAAAGAAUUCAUCAAGCAUGUGUUGUACAGAGAAUUAAAAAAGAAAUUAAAAAAAAAUCAAGUGUAAGAUUUUGCAGUUAACCUGGAUCAGUGGACUGCUGAAAAACGAGAACAUAACCCUUCAGCAAACAAAAGGAUGAACAGACUGAUGGCUCAGCUAUGUUGCAAUGGAAUCAGAGGUAUUGUGGAAAGAGAAUGACCAGUAAAUGCGCUAGCAGUGCAACACCACAUGGAUCCAAGCAUCUUAAAACAGCUCUGUCCUUUGGAUUGGAGAAACGAAACAAGAGCAAUGAGCUGAUCAGCACAGCCUUCAAUAGCUAUCACAAGGGGAUGUCAACUCUUCAACUGCAAGGAUGCUUAAUCCUAGGACAGAGCCAAAGUUCUUCAUUUCACAACAUAACAAUUUUGUAAAUGUAUCAUUUAUGAUUACUGACUUCUGUACAAUUUCUCCAAAUCCCGUUUACCUCCACCUGCCCUGUGCUUCUGGCAGGCAGUGUCCAUGCUAGAGUUACAGCUAAGAACCUGCUUUGCCACGUGAAUGGCCUACAAGAAGUCACCUUCCAAAAGCGAGCUGACCUCGAGACCAGAGGAAAAAGAAACCAAGGAAAAAAGUCACAAUUUAAGACACCAGGCCAUGAGACAGCUCUGCAAUGCACCCAGUGUUCCACUGACACAGAUGGCGUGGCCCAGCACUCUGCUGUGCACAUCUGUUCCAGCUGCAGUUUCAAGGGUAACCCAACAACAUCUUCAAGGAACUCAGGAAAAAAACAAGAGAGGAAUUUCUGUAAAGAAGCCAACCAAAAAAAAAAAAAAGCUCUCUCCAUCUCCUGCCCAGGACCACUGCAUGACAGCUUCCAUUUGCUGAAAAUUAGUAUGGAAAACACCUGACAGAUAUGGUGAUACCCUCAAGGUAAGCAACAAAACUCAUUUCUCUUGGAAUACACUUUCAUUGUAUAAAAGUUGCAGUAAGCCAACAACAAAAUAAAUACCUAACCUACAACAAGGCUGUGAUUACCACACACUUAUGCUGGAACAUCCAUGUUUUUUUUAAAAGAUUUAUCUUUGCAGAUUUUCCCUGGUUGAUAUCAGUUAUUUAAGAUGACACAAUUUCAAAGGAAUUGAAAUCUACAGCGCUGUUCCUGGUGAAACAGUCCUGGAAAUGUUUUCACUUUACUUGCCUUUGCAUAACUUAUUGUUUGAUUAAAAGCAAAUAACUCCUAUCAGAGUCAGAAGUCCAGAUUUGUUAGCCCAGAUUGGAACAAAUGCUUUCCAAUGGGCUACGAUGCACCUGUUCCAGUAAAUAUCAAUCAUUAGUUUAUUUAAAAAUUUCAGCUUUUUUGUCCACUUUCACUUCUCACAUACUUCAGUACAAAUAAGCUUCUGCUCUUCAUCCCUACCCAAACUUUGCUAAAACCACGCGUACUACAGUUAGUAAACUAGCAGAAAAACUGUUUCUCCAUCAGUACAACACAACCAGGCCUAAUGAGAAAACAGUAUUUCAUCAACACACUUGAAAAAAAAAAACAGCUUUGAAAAUUUACAAUUCUAGUAGUUCCAAAGAGCAGGUCCAAGGCCUUCACUCAGUAAAAACAAAACCAGCACCACCAAAACAAGUCUCUUACAAUGUCCUGGAAUGCUCAUCACAUAUGCCUAUUAAUGGGACUGGUGCCCAGCUCUGACUGCAUGAACACCCCAGUAUUUUCCAAAUCUUCCUCUCCCAGAAAAUGAUGAUAGCAUUAUA